AUGGCAAGCAACCUCCUUCACGACUCCUGUCGGUAUCAGAGGUAUCAGGAGCUUCUGGAGGACACCUCUAUCCCGCCCACUAGCCGCAUCAAUGUCCUCGAGAUCGACCUGCCCAAAUCCCCUUCUCAUUUUCAGGGCCCCUACGCUUAUUCGCAAGAUGUGUCCCAGCUCACUCAGCUCUCAAAUUCGCCGAUCCGGGUCAUAUUGGCGGCCCUCGACUAUCCCUCAACUCACACCAACCUCGUCCUAGAGACAUUGAUCUCCCUCUUCGAUAUCCCCACAGCCUUCCUUAGCGAGCGCGUUCAGGGCGUGACCCACUCCCUCAACGUCGAAACCUCGCCUGCCGGAGGCGUCACCUGUUGGCUGCAUUUCCUCUGCAAAGCCAUCGUCAAGCGGCCCGAUGCUCCCACCUGGCACCGCGCAGGCUUCUUCCUCACGCACACUCCGCAAAAUGGCACUACUCUCCUCUGCUUUGGCGCCUCCAAGACUCUCAUCACGCGCCUCCAGCGACUGCCCUUCUCCGCAUGGCAAUCGAUCGCCACCGACCCUCUCGCGAUUCUCGCCAUCGUGCUCUCGGACCUGCAGCUAAUCAUUGACGAGCAAGUCUGGGCUCUCAACGACCGGGUCGGCGACUACGAGCAUCGUGCCAUCACCACCACGCGUACCAUGUCCGCCUUUCCCGACGACUACUUUCAGGAGCUACAUCUAUGGGCCAAGAAUGUAAUCCACCUCAAGGAGGCCGCCGAUGCUUCGCUGUGCACAUGUCAAAGCCUCCUGGACGCCAUAAAGAACCGUUCAACGCUUUCCUUUUCUGGAGGCUCUAACACCACCGCUACGCUCGCCUACCUGUACACCCUCAUGCACUCUACGACCCUCCGCACGGCUUCCCUACACUCUCGCAUCCAGAACACCAUCGCCUUGUCCUUCAAUCUCGUCGCCCAAACGGACUCGCACUCCCUCCGCGCCGAGUCUUCAUCCAUGCACACGAUUGCCAUCACCACACUGAUCUUCCUCCCCAUCUCGACCGUCGCCACGAUCUUUGGCUCGCAAUUCUUCUCCUUCAACCCGCCCGAAGACGCCGCCACGCCUGCAGAUGGCGGCCCCGAGGCUGCAAGCUUGGUGCUGAGCAAGGAGUUCUGGCUGUUUUGGGUAAUCACGGUGCCGUUGACCGUGGCCGUGCUUGGCAUAUGGUUGGGUUUCCAUCCAGAGGCGGUGAGAAGAUGGUGGCGGAGGAACAUACGCAAGGGGAAGGAUCGGCAGCGAGAGGACGAGGAGGGUGGUGGUGGAGUAUUAAUGGGAAUUGCAGUUCCUGCUGGAGGAACGGCCCUACAGAAUCUCUCCAUUCAGGCGACCGGGGCAAGUGGGUUGUCGGGCAGUAGCACUCUGGAGGGGGGAAGUAAAGGUCCACAUUGA